ACUAGUUCUGAGUACACAAAGUCUGUAUAUUUUGAGGGUCCAAGUUGGAGUUGGGCCUCUCCAUCUAGUAUGUCAGAACUUCUUGCCUUGAAGACAAAAUACCCACAUGCCCCUGUAAUCAUGGGAAAUACAACAGCAGCUUUAUCAAUUAAGCUAGGGAAAUUCAGCAAAUCACCUAUAUUACUAUAUGGAGGUAAAAUAGAAGAGUUAAAGCAGGUCAGUGUAACAGAUGAUGGCGUCAGUUUUGGUGCCGCCGUGACAGUGACUGAAUUAGGCCAACAUUUACAACAAAUGAAGAAUGAAAUUCCAGAAAGUAAAAGAGAAUAUUUUACAGCACUAGAGGAAAUGGUAGGGAGAUAUGGAGCAGAUCAGAUCAGGAAUGUUGCUACAUUGAGUGGAAGUAUACUGUCAGGAAGGUCCAACUCUGAUAUUAUAACUCUGUUUACAGCCCUUGAUGCCAGUGUGUGUCUGAUUUCAGCUAAUGGUGAGAGAAAAGCUGGAAUUGAAGGACUUUGUCUGCAGGAAAAUGAGGUCAUUAAAUCAGUGUGCAUCCCAAACAGUGAUCAGGGUACUAAAACCAAGAGUAUGUUCUUCAAACAAGCACAGAGAAGAACAUUCUCAUUGGCUAUCAUUAACUGUGGACUGGUUGUGACAUUGUCAGAUAAAAGGAUGGUGGAAAAACUAAGGAUUUGUUUUGGAGGGAUAGCUGACAAAGCAGUUUUGGCAAGAAAGACAAUGAAGUUAGCAGUUGGGAGGAUCUGGGAUGAUGACUUGCUUCAAGAUGUCAUUGUCAGUUUGUCAGAAGAUUUUGCGUCUGACAAUGGCAAGCCUGUUGACAACUACAAGCUCUCCGUGGCAACAGCUUUCUUCUUCAAAUUCUAUAAUCAAGUGAAAACAGAAUUGGGUCAAUCUGGGCCAGGUACCGCAUGUCUGGAUCUACUCACACUUGAACCCUGCUCCGCUACACAAUACUAUGAUGCCUGUACAGAGCCGGGUCAAUCAGAGGACGAUGCAUUAGGCCGACCUAUACCAAAUGUAUCGUCAGAGGCUGUGGUGUCAGGGGAGGCAGUGUAUACAGAUGAUAUGCCUAGAAUGGAAGGUGAGUUGUUCCUAAGCCUUGUCUUAAGCCGUAGAGCUCAUGCUAAAAUUCUGAGUGUGGAUCCCAGUGCGGCAUUGAAGAUGGAGGGUGUGCACAGUUACAUUGAUCAUAGAGAUGUCCCAGGUUCAAAUCUGUGGGGACCCAUUAAAAAGACGGAAGAAAUCUUUGCAUCCAAGGAGGUGUUGUGUAUAGGCCAGCCAAUAGGAGCCAUAUUAGCAGAGAAUAGGGAAGUGGCAGGAAAAGCAACAUAUCUUGUGAAAAUAGAAUAUGAGGAUCUCAAACCAAUACUUACUAUUGAGGAUGCAAUUGAAGCACAGAGUUUCUAUGAAGGUGCACCAUGUGCCCACCAGCUGGAAGGGGACAUAGAGAAAGGAUUUCAGGAGUCUGAUCAUGUUGUGAAUGGGGAAUAUAGGACUGGACAUCAAGAACAUUUCUAUAUGGAGCCACAUGCUGCGUACGCCAUUCCUAAAAUAGAGAAUAAUGAACUGGAGAUUUAUUGUACAGCACAACACCUGAUGAACUUACAGGGGACUUUAUGUGAAGCAAUAAAUGUUCCCAAGCAUAAAGUGAAUGUCAGGAUCAGACGACUUGGUGGAAGUUUUGGCGGGAAAGAUACAAGAAAUGCAAUGGUUGCUGCGCCAGUUGCUAUAGCAGCACACAAAUAUAAACGCCCCGUGAGAUGUGUAUUACCGAGGGAGAUCGACAUGGAGAUUACUGGCAAACGUCAUCCUUUCCUCGGAAAAUAUAAGGUAGGAUUCAAUAAGGAAGGGAAGAUGAAAGCAUUAGAUUUGAAGCUAUACAAUCAAGGAGGACACUCUUUGGACAAUUCUGUGGAGGUAAUAGGAGUAUCAGUAGACAACUUUGACAGUGGUUACAAAAUCGAGAAUGUAAAAAUCGAGGGUUAUAGCUGUAGGACAAACAUCAUGUCAAAUACGUCAUUCCGUGGUUUUGGAGGCCCACAGGGGGUACUUAUAAUGGAAGAUGUUCUAUUCAAUAUUGCCUGUACCCUCGGCAUCAGUCAAGAGCAGGUGAGGGAGGUAAAUAUGUAUAAAGAAGGGGAUACAAAUCCACAUGGUUUAAAACUUGAGAAUUGCACUGUUAGAGAUCUGUGGGCUAAAUGUAAAGAGGAUAGUAAAUAUGAAGAGAGGCUGAAAAGUGUGAAGGCCUUCAACAGAGAUAAUAAAUUUAAGAAGAGAGGUAUCGCGAUGACCACAGAUAAGUUUGGAGUAGGUUUUCCAGCUGUUUUCUUAAAUCAGGGUACGGCCAUUGUGAACAUUUACACAGAUGGUUCAGUGUUCUUGGCUCAUGGCGGAGUUGAAAUGGGGCAGGGACUGAAUACAAAACUUAUACAGGUAGCAUCAAGAGCACUAGGUGUUCCAGUUGAACUUAUCUACACAAAUGAUACCAGCACAGAGAAGAUUCCUAAUGCUACACUCACAGGGGGCAGUAUGGGUACUGACAUUUAUGCUCCUGCAGUUCUUGAUGCUUGCAAUGUUUUGUCAGAGAGACUUGAACCUGUGAGGACAAGGCAUCCAGACCUGGCUUGGCCUGCACUGGUUAAGAAGGCCUACUUUAACAGGGUGAAACUGGUUGCCACUGGGUUUUCUAGAAAAGAAAAAGAUGUGAACUGGAACAGAAACAAAAGGACAGGAUGGAAUUAUGAUUAUUAUACAUAUGGGGUCUGCUGUACAGAAGUGGAAAUUGAUGUACUUACUGGGGAAAACCAGGUAUUGCAAGCUGAUAUAGUAUUUGAUGUUGGUAAAAGUUUGAAUCCCGCUAUAGAUGUUGGACAGAUUGAGGGUGGUUUCAUACAGGGCCUUGGUAUGGUGACAACAGAGGACAUUGAGCCCGAUGCGACCGGAAAGAUACGGAACUGUAGUCCACUGAGUUACAAGAUACCGAAUGUGAGAAGUAUUCCGAGAAAGUUUAAUGUGACGCUCUUCAAGAACCAUAACUAUGUUACAUCUGCGUAUUCUUCUAAGGGUGUUGGAGAGCCUCCUUUGCUUUUGGCAAUGUCGGUAAUAUCAGCGUUGAAGGAUGCAGUUCAAGAUGCACGUGCCCAGAUUGGUAUACACGGUUAUUUCGAACUAGAUUCACCGGCCACUGUGGAGAAAAUACAAACAGCCUGUGGCAAUCAAAUAAACAAGAAAUAAUUUGAAGACAUUUUAAGUUUGUUUCAUAUUGUAGCAAUAUGGAUUUUUUUCAUCCUAGUCAGCUCGUCAGUUUCGAAAAAAAAGUUAUUAGAAUCCCUAUUUCGCUGUUGUAGUAGUCAUGCAAAAACUUUUAUGUAGCCUAUUAUUCAAACUUUUGAUUUAAAAGUUAUCAAUUUAAAACCUGGAAUGAAUAUUUGCUUAUUAUGAAAAGGUGCAGUUGUGAAACAAGGGGCAUAAUUCUGAAAGCUAUAUCUUUGGAGUUAUGCUCCUUUUUUCUACUCAGAAUUUUUGUUAAAAUUGGUAAUCGAUACUAGUAGUUGUUGCCAUAUUUACAGAUUAGUAUUAACACCACAUGGAGGGCUCUUGUUCUUUUUACCUCUGAUUUUGUAUUAUUAUGGGUGUUGGGCUUUAUAUGACUUGUGUAUUUACUUGUUAGGUUUGUGUUAUUUACCUGUACUAUCAGUGGUCCAGUUUCGGCACAGGACUUGAUCCGACUAGUUCAAUGUCAUUUUUUUUUUGAAAACCAACAAUUCAUAAGAAAAUGAG